CUCGCUGCAGAGGAGGGAACAUUUAACUUUCAAUUUCGAUUUAGGAAAACAUGGAGUCCGUCUGAUGUUUGACUGUAGAACCGAUUUGGUAAAACAGACAGUUGUGUAGCAUUUAAUAAAGUUUCCGACAACAAGGAAACGACAGAGAGCGGGACUGAACGCUUCGGUGUGGCCUGUUCUCCCUGCGCUCAGGUCAGGUAGAGUCGGUGCUGUCGCUGCCGGAGUCUCUGCAUCAUGUCGGGAGGAACCGGGCCAGAGUGGUUGUCUCAGGAGGUGAAGACCGGGACAACCAUCAUUGCCGUAGAGUAUAAUGGAGGGGUCGUGCUGGGCUCUGACUCCCGCGUGUCGGCGGGAGCAACAGUGGUGAACAGGGUGAUGAACAAACUCUCUCCUCUCCAUGACAAGAUCUACUGUGCUCUGUCAGGAUCUGCAGCCGACGCUCAGACUAUUGCUGAGAUAGUCAACUACCAGCUAGAUGUCCACAGUACCGAGAUAGGUGAGGACCCCCAGGUUCGCUCAGCUGCCACUCUGGUGAGGAACAUCUCGUACAAGUACAAGGAGGAGCUGUCAGCACAUCUCAUUGUGGCCGGCUGGGACAGGAGAGAUGGAGGGCAGGUGUUUGCCACCCUGAACGGUCUCCUGACGAGGCAGCCUUUUGCAGUUGGGGGCUCCGGCAGCUCAUAUGUUUAUGGGUUUGUUGAUGCUGAGUAUCGCAGGGGAAUGAGCAAAGAGGAGAGUCAGAAGUUUGUUGUCAACACUCUCUCUUUGGCGAUGAACCGCGAUGGCUCCAGUGGCGGCGUGGCCUAUAUCGUCGCCAUCGACGAGCACAGCACAGAGGAGAGAGUCAUUCUUGGGAAUGAAUUACCGACCUUCUUUGAUCAGUGAUCAGUAUAUAGCAUCUGUAGUGUGCGAAGCCACUGUAGUGCUAAAUGCAGUUAGGUAUUUGUUUUCCUCACAAUAGCCGUAGCUCAUUUUUGACUCACCUGUCAACUUCUGAACUGUUAACUCAGCUUGUAAACUGAAUGUUGGACAAGUAUACUUUACUAAGAGUUCUAAUAAAAGAAUAAAAACCUGU